CUCGCCCGCCCUCCGCAGCCCGCCGCCGGCCGCCGCCGCCAGGUUGUGCCUGAGACUGUCAGAUAAAGCGGCGGGCCGGCGGGCGGGGCGGCGGUGAGCACGGCCCGGGCCGGACAUGGCGGCGCUCUACGCCUGCACCAAGUGCCACCAGCGCUUCCCCUUCGAGGCGCUGUCUCAGGGGCAGCAGCUGUGCAAGGAAUGCCGGAUUGCUCACCCUGUUGUGAAGUGCACCUACUGCAGGACUGAGUACCAGCAGGAGAGUAAAACCAAUACAAUAUGCAAGAAGUGUGCUCAGAACGUGCAGCUGUAUGGAACGCCUAAGCCUUGUCAGUACUGCAACAUAAUUGCAGCAUUUAUUGGCAAUAAAUGCCAGCGCUGCACGAAUUCAGAGAAGAAGUACGGACCCCCAUAUUCCUGUGAACAGUGCAAGCAGCAGUGUGCGUUUGACAGGAAAGACGAUCGGAAGAAGGUAGAUGGGAAGCUCCUGUGCUGGCUGUGCACACUGUCCUACAAGCGUGUCCUUCAGAAGACCAAAGAGCAGAGGAGACACCUGAGCAGCUCUUCUCGAGCCAGCCAUCAGGAGAAGGAGCAGUACAGCCGCCUGAGUGGUGGCAGCCAUUAUAACAGCCAGAAAACACUUUCUACAUCUUCAAUUCAAAAUGAAAUCCCAAAGAAAAAAUCCAAGUUUGAGUCAAUCACAGCUAACGGAGACAGCUUUUCCCCAGACCUGGCUCUGGAUUCCCCUGGCACUGACCACUUUGUCAUCAUUGCCCAGCUGAAGGAAGAGGUGGCCACUCUGAAGAAGAUGCUGCAUCAGAAGGACCAGAUGAUCCUAGAGAAAGAGAAGAAGAUUACGGAGCUGAAGGCUGAUUUUCAGUAUCAGGAGUCUCAGACUCGGGCCAAAAUGAACCAAAUGGAGAAAACCCACAAAGAAGUCACAGAGCAAUUGCAGGCCAAAAACCGAGAGCUUCUCAAACAGGCAGCUGCUUUGUCCAAGAGCAAGAAGUCUGAGAAGUCAGGCACCAUAACGUCUCCGUGAGGACCACAAGAAGGCUCCCGGCUCCCAGCAACAACAGCCGGCGCUCCUGGGUCAGGGUCAGCAGCCCGGCUGUUCUCUGGGAAUUGUGCUUUCUUACAAAAUCUCUAUUUUCUUACCAUUACCCUUUGUGCGAAUGUAGUGGGCUGAAUGGACACACCUGGUUUGUGCCGUGUUACGACUGCAUGCUGAGCAUUUGGGGUUUCAGACCUACUCCUCCUCCUCUCCCUCCUCCGCUCCCCAGUGCUCCUCCCUCCCUCUGUUUUAGUACUCGACGUUUUCCAUAGUGGUCACUGCUCAGAGUUCUGUGCAGAGUGUCUGUCCACCGGCACACCUGCCAUCCCCACGAGCAAGUAACCUGUCAUCCACUGUGCAUCACUGCCGCCCUCUGAACCUUGAGAACUGCCACCUUAAGACUUCGUGCGCUGAGAGAGGCUUUCUCUCGCCAAUAAACUUUUUGCUUCAGGGUAUACUCUUGGGUUUUUCCAGGUAUAUUAUGUAUGACCUUUGUACUAUGUAUAGACAGAGUUUUAUUUAUUUUUUAAAAAGGAAACCUUUUCUUGAUAAAGGAAUGAUGGUAGCCUGGCUAGUUCUUGUAAAAGCAAUGCCUCUUCAAAAACAAAGAAAAAAAAAACAGACCUGUUUGCUAGCUUUUAGUAAAAGAAUCCAAUCUUUUUUUUCUCGUUACCUUAGAGUCUUGAGGCUAAGGUAAAUGCUGGAGGUGUAAGUGUGGAGCUAAGUGCCUUUGGAGGACUCUGUGGAAGAGCAUUUGAGGAGAUGCUUAGGGUGCAGAGAAUUGACCAGUCUGUCUUUAAGUAAGGGCAGAAAGAACGGUUGUCCAGGUUGUACUGGACACUUCCCUCCUCCCCCUCCCUCUUCUUUCACAUAAUGUUAAAUUCCCACACUGCCACUUCUUUUUUAAAAACAUCCGCUCGUGUCAGCUGUCACGCCAGGCUGUCAACAGAGCACGUUUUUUUUUUUUUUUUUUUUUUUUUUUUUUUUUUUUUAACAUGAGCAGAUCAAGUGGGAUGAGAUUUGAACUCUUGUGUGUUUCCAGGGGUUGACAUGGACUGCUUAGGCGUGGGCUGUGUGAUGGGGAGGAGUCUCACCGCACUUCCUCCCUCUGCAACCCCCAUCCUGUGAGCUCCCUGUUCUGACUGAGAAUGUUUACAAAGCAAGGGCUCCUGGCAGCAGCGGGGCCUCCCCGAGUGUGCCCUUCUCCCAUCGUGACCCAGUAGGCAGGUGGGAAGGGAGAGGUUCGGAUGUGGAGCCUCACUCUUGGAUUUUUGUGAAAGAAACUAGAAAUGCGUAGUAUGUGCCCUGACCCAGAACAAACCUUGGAAUCAGUGCAGGUGCUGCUGGCGUUAGAGCAGAUCAUGGAGACAGGUGACAUUUGUACCACAGUCCACCAGCGUCAGAGCAGUCACGGUCACUUGUCCACAGUGCUCUCUAGUUUGCGGUGGCCUUCUCAGACACAUGGACAGAGAUACGGACAUGAGGGCUCUUUCCGACAGGAGGCUCGAAGGACAUGUUUAUAUAGUUCUUUGGUAGGGAAUGCAGCUUUCCCUUCUAAGCAGGGGAAACUGCCUUGCUGAAUCGUUUUGUAACUUUCUGAAUGAGAAACUUUUAGGUAAAGAUAUAUUACCAUACGCUAUUUUUCAGGUCAUUUGUGUUGGCUGUGGAAAAAGAUGGUAGAAAGAGAAUGACAGUCCUGGUCUCUUAAACAAAAGGUAGAACUGAGAAAUCGUGCAUGGGAAAUGUGACAGUACACAGACGCUCAUUUAGUUUUAUACUAAAUCUUUUUUUAAGGUCUUAGCAUUUAAUAUUCAGCAAACCUAUACAUUUUCUAAACUACCAUGAGCUCCUGAACAGUAAAGAGGAAACCUCAGUCUUGAAAUGUUGAUUUUUUUUUUAAAAAUCAUGACAGCAUUUUACCAUGAAAUUGAGUAACUUUUGGUAACACCUUCUGUUCCUUUGUAUGUUUGUAAUAAUGGACAUUUUAAAACAUAGGAAUGUUUUGGUUUGUACAGACUUUGACAAAUGUGUGUUAAUAAAAUUCAUAUCGACUCAGA